AUGAAAGAUACGCUAUCCGGGCCCACAUCGCCGCUAGAGUCGGCAUCGACCUACGCCGCAUCCCGGCAGCCUUCCCGGCUCACGGACCUACGCGGCGUUGAGAUCAACUUCGAUGAGGCGGUCAAAGAAGAAAUUGCCUGCCAAACCGGACUGAAGCCCAUCAGCAUACGGACCUCGCGACACGACUCGGGCGAUAUGCCUACCAAGACCCUUAUUGUAUCCUUCCUGGAACCCACGCAGAGACCCUGGCGACUGUUCGGCGCCAGCCGGUUCGCCCGCUAUAUCGACAAGCCCAGCAUUCCUAGCCAAUGUGACAAGUGCUGGGAUUUCCACUCGACACAGCUGCGAUCGAACGGCGCGCUGCAGGCGUUGUGGCAAACCGGCCAUCGUAGCCAAGAAUGCACCGCCCUCGAGCAGUGUGCAAACUGCCUUGGACCCCAUUGCGCGGAUGACCCCAAAUGCCCUGCCCGCCCCAAGCGCGUUCACGGCAUGGUCCGGCGCCUGACGAAGGAGGAGAAGAGCCUGGCCGCAGAUACUUUCCUUGAGUCAACGGCGCCGCGGGCAGCUGGAGGAGAUGGAAGCUCCGACAUGGGCGCCAUUUACGAGCCAGCCGCGCCGUCAACCCCAUGCAUCGUUGUGGCCACAACGCCGCCGCAUUCCUGUGACGCUACCCUAAUGCCUCGCUGUUUUCCACGCAAUCGAAGCGAUAGGAGGAUCUUGCGAAUCUUCCAAGCCAACGUAGGCAAGAUUCCGCCGGCACACGAUUGUGCCCUUGCGUUGGCCGACUCGGAACAAUACGACAUUAUUUUGUUGCAGGAGCCAUGGACAGGACUGAAAGAUGGCCGAUGCCUCACUAAGACGCAUCAGGCCUACGACACCUUCUCACCCGUCAACGACUGGGACGGCCGCGACACUCGCCCGAGAGUCAUGACAUACGUCCGGCGUUCCGCAGGUCUCGUCGCUGAUCAAAAGAGACCUGCGGCGACUCGUGACAUCCUUUGGCUCACCGUCAACGGCAUAACAGUCGUCAACUUCUAUCGGCAGCCGUACCACGACGGAGCCCUUGAAAUCUUGCUUCAGUGGACCGUACCGGACAAGUGUCUUGUUGCUGGUGAUUUCAAUGCCAAACAUCCCAGCUGGCAGGCCGGUCGACGAGAGGACCGCGGCGAAGAAAUAGCGUUUUGGGCAAUGGACAAUCGACUCGGCUUACUGAAUCCUGUCGAUGUCCCGACCAACGCACACGGCAAUACGGUUGAUCUCGCCUUCUGCAACAUACCUCUGGCCGACGCUGUUGUCGAGGAUCAUCUAGCAACCGGCUCCGAUCAUUUUACCCUUAGUAUCACGCUGCCAGGACAAGUUCUGGCACCCCUUCCAAUAGGAAAGAUCCAUCUCAACUCCGACGAGGAAUUGAAGCGAUUCAUUGAAUUAGUGGAGGCCGGUGCCGCCUUCAUCCCGAUCACCACGGCAUCUCCUUCCGAGCUCGACAGCUUUGCGUCGGCGCUCGUGAACCUUCUUGGUUGUGCAGCCAGAGCUGCCGGUCGACCUGCCCGUAAGACUACGCAUGGUGCGCGGUGGUGGACUGAAGAAUGCGCAAAGGCGGCGGCCAAUUACCGCGCGUGGAGGAGAGUUCACUCUCUCUUCGACCGAGAAGUACAGCUAGCCAAGAGGAGCUCCAUAGCGUGGUGCGCCGGGCCAAGCGCCUUUACUGGCGUCCGUUUCAAGCUCCUCCUGCAAAUUGACGACCGAGUGUAUGAGACGCAGCUGGAAAAGGCCACCGCCUUGCGACAAGCCACUCUGGAACGGCGCACGGCGAACGACGACAUCCCAGAUCCGUGGAUCUCCGUGAACACAGAUAGGACGAUACCCUUCACCGACCGAGUCUCUCCGGAGGAGACCCGCGACGCCACGCUACGCACCGGGAAUACGUCCCUGGUCCCGACAAUAUUACGGAUUGGCCACCAUCCGAAGCCCUUCCGAGAAGCAGAAGUGGUCAUGAUUGCCAAGCCGGGGCGCAGGGAUCUCUACACCCCGCGCUUGGCGCCCCAUCUCCCUUUGUCCUGUCUCGGCAAGGGCCUCGAGCGGCUCAUCGCACGGCGUCUAGCGUGGGCCUCGGUCCAUUUCGGCGUACUACACCCACAACAAGCCGGCGCGCUCCCGAAGAGAUCGGCCGUGGAUCUCGUUGCUGCCUUGAUUCAUGACAUCGAGGAGGCAUUUGCCUGCAAGCAGGUUGCAACAUUGGUGACUUUGGACAUUCAGGGCGCCUUCGACACAGUCCUCCGCAACAGAUUGAUCCUUCGCCUACGGGAGCAAGGGUGGCCACCGAACCUCGCGCGAUGGGUCGGCUCGUUUAUGCAAGACAGGUCGGCACGCAUCCGCUAUCAAGAUAUCGCAACGAAUUCAUCGCCUCUCCAGUGCGGGCUGCCACAGGGAUCGCCAGUCUCGCCGAUCCUCUUCCUACUGUAUACGGAACCAAUCUACCGCUUGGGCAGCUCAAAAGGGCGUUUCGGCUAUGCGGACGACACUGCCAUCCUUUGCGUCGGCGAUAGCCUGGAUGAGACGUCCGCCGAAGCAUCUCAUCAUGUGCGUGAGCUUGUAUCGUGGGGCGCCGCCAACGGGAUCUCCUUCGACCCUGAGAAGACAGAAGUGAUGCACUUCUCUCGAACGACGCCCAAGACGGCGCCGCCAGUGCUCCAUGGCGAAUUUGAGAAACGGCCGGGCCGGGCGAUGCGUUGGCUCGGCGUCUGGCUCGACAGCACUCUGUCUUUCAAGACUCAUGUCGAGAAAUGGACGGCCAAAGCGCAAGCAGUCGCCUUCCAUCUCAGGAGACUGACAAACACCAGGCAUGGUCCUCUACCGAGCGCUGUGCGACGAGCGGUCUGCGCUUGCGUCAUUCCAGUGCUGCUCUACGCGGCGGAGGUCUGGUAUCCUGGUUCUACGCGCCCGCGCUGGACCAAGCCGGGCAAGGAAGGACCGUCCAGGAUCGGACACCUCGUAAAGAAGAUGAGCAAGGCACUCUACACAUCUCUUCGGGCUAUCCUGCCAGUGUGGAGAACUACACCAACGAAUGUUCUGCACCGGGAGGCAGGGAUACCGCCGGUCCCUCUGCUGCUCGAGGCGCGCCGGACUGCAUUUGCUGCGCGUCUCAAAUCCCUGGACGAAGCUCAUCCGCUCGUGAAGCGCACGUCGAGGCCAAAAGCCCCUACUGAAUGA